AGGCCUUUUUUUCCUCUGCAGAAGUCCUUUGUUUUAGAUCAGAACCCGACGGAACCAAACGCUCAGGUCCUUCCGCGGGAAAACUCUGAACGAGCGCUCGCGGUUCGUUGCCUACUCGUAGCUCAGCUUCAUUUCGGUUUCGGCUUGGGUUCUGAUCCGCUGAGAUCUUAGAGCAGAAAUUACCACAACUUCACGAUGAAGGCACUUAUUCUUGUUGGAGGAUUUGGAACACGUUUGAGGCCAUUGACCCUCAGUGUCCCCAAGCCACUUGUUGACUUUGCUAAUAAACCCAUGAUCCUGCAUCAGAUAGAAGCUCUUAAGGCUAUCGGAGUGAAGGAAGUAGUUCUGGCAAUCAAUUAUCAGCCAGAAGUAAUGUUGAAUUUCUUGAAAGAAUUUGAGGAGAAGCUUGGGAUCAAGAUCACUUGCUCUCAGGAGACAGAACCACUUGGAACAGCUGGCCCUCUUGCUCUUGCAAGGGAUAAACUAGUAGAUAAGUCGGGCGAGCCAUUUUUUGUCCUGAAUAGCGAUGUUAUCAGUGAGUACCCACUUAAAGAAAUGAUUGAAUUCCACAAGAGUCAUGGAGGAGAGGCUUCAAUCAUGGUGACAAAGGUUGAUGAGCCUUCCAAAUAUGGUGUGGUGGUCAUGGAAGAGUCCACCGGGAAAGUUGAGAAGUUUGUGGAGAAACCAAAACUAUUUGUCGGCAACAAAAUCAAUGCAGGAAUUUAUCUGUUAAAUCCCUCUGUUCUGGACAAAAUUGAACUGAGGCCAACAUCAAUUGAGAAAGAAGUGUUUCCUAAAAUUGCAGCAGAGCAAAAGCUUUAUGCAAUGGUACUGCCAGGGUUCUGGAUGGACAUUGGACAACCAAAAGAUUAUAUUACAGGACUAAGGCUCUAUCUGAACUCCUUGAGGAAGAACUCGUCAUCAAAGUUAGCCGUAGGGUCUCACAUUGUAGGAAAUGUUCUUGUGGACGAGACUGCUAAGAUUGGUGAAGGAUGUCUGAUUGGGCCAGAUGUUGCCAUUGGUCCUGGUUGUGUUGUUGAGGCAGGAGUUAGGCUAUCUCGAUGCACUGUAAUGCGCGGAGUGCGCAUCAAGAAGCACGCUUGCAUAUCGAGCAGCAUCAUAGGUUGGCACUCUACAGUCGGGCAAUGGGCACGUGUAGAGAAUAUGACAAUACUAGGAGAAGAUGUUCAUGUGGGUGAUGAAAUUUACAGUAAUGGUGGAGUUGUGUUGCCGCACAAAGAAAUCAAAUCUAGCAUUUUGAAGCCUGAAAUAGUCAUGUAAAGGUGUGUGUGUAUUUGCAAUUUAGUUGAAUCCUUUUUGAGAGCUGAAACGUAACGUUGUCGUGAGUGGACUUUACUAGUUUUAUUUUUCUUUUUCUUCCUCUUCAUGGGCCAUAAUGUCAGUGUCUGCUAGUUCAAGUUCUGUGAGUGAAGGGUCAAUCUCCCCUUUCAAGGGCGUACUGUGUAAUAUUUUUGUGUACAUAGGGAAAUAAUUUAUCGAUUAAUGUUUCAAUUUCUUUUUCUGAAAA